AUGACCCAAAUAAACCAAAUAAACGACUCAGAUGUUCACCGAAUCACGUCUGGGCAGGUUAUCACCGACUUAACAACAGCAGUGAAAGAGUUGGUUGAUAAUAGUAUAGACGCAAACGCAAGUCAAAUCGAAAUUACAUUCAAAGACUACGGCCUUGAAUCCAUCGAAUGCUCAGAUAACGGUGAUGGUAUAGAUCCUUCAAACUAUGAGUUUUUAGCUCUGAAACAUUACACUUCGAAAAUUUCUGAGUUUCAAGAUGUUGCCAAAGUACAGACAUUGGGAUUUAGAGGGGAGGCCUUGUCUUCCUUAUGUGCCAUUGCAAAACUGAGUGUGAUAACAACGACUCUGCCACCAAGGGCAGAUAAAUUGGAAUAUGAUAUGGUCGGCCAUAUUGCAUCAAAGACGACGAUGUCGAGGAAUAAAGGAACCACUGUACUAAUCUCGCGAUUAUUUCAUAACUUGCCUGUUAGACAAAAAGAAUUUACUAGGACCUUCAAGCGCCAAUUUGCCAAAUGUCUGACGGUUUUACAAGGUUAUGCGAUUAUCAAUGCUGGCAUUAAGUUCUCUGUUUUGAAUGUUACAUCAAAGGGCAAAAAAAGUGUAAUGUUAUCAACGAUGAGAGACUCAAGCAUCAGAAAAAAUAUCUCUUCCGUUUUUGGUGUAAAUGGUAUGCGUGGACUUGAAGAGGUUAAUUUAGUCCUUGAUUUGAAUCCCUUCAAGAAGAAAAUGCUCAGGAAGUACACCGACGAUCCAGAUUUCUUAAAUCUCGAUUAUAGUAUUCAAGUGAAAGGCUAUAUAUCACAGAACUCAUUUGGAUGUGGUAGAAAUAGUAAAGAUAGACAAUUCAUUUAUGUGAAUAAAAGACCGGUGGAAUACGCUACUUUCCUAAAAUGCUGCAAUGAAGUUUACAAAACGUUUAAUAAUGUUCAAUUUCCGGUCGUCUUUUUGAAUUUAGAAUUGCCUGCCAGUUUGAUCGAUGUGAACGUCACUCCAGAUAAAAGAAUAAUACUGAUACAUAAUGAACAGGUGCUCAUUGAUGUUUUCAAAGCAAAUUUGACCGAAUAUUAUAAUGGACAAGAGCUAGCUCUUCCUAAAAGAGUGUAUUCCCGACCAGAACAACAAAUUCCGAAAAGACAUGAAAUUGAGUUUGUAACUCAAACUGCUGAUGAUGCAAGUGCGACAGACGAAUCUAGUAAUCACAAUUAUGACGGGGCUAGAACGGAACAUAAUCAAUAUAAACACGCGUGUAGCGAUAAUACGGUGGAAGUAACUGAAAUUGCUGCAUCUAAAGGCGAAGAUACGCAUCUAACCUCACUAAUGGACCAUAACUAUGCAACUCUUACUGAUGACCUUGGCUCGGAAUGUGAAGUUUUAGGUGAAGUAUCGGAGCCGUUCGAUGAAAACAAUUCAAGUACACCAACUAAGAAUCCAUCAAGUGCAAAAGCGGGUUUUGACAAUGUUAGUGCUAUGAACCUUAAUAGUUUUUCCAAUCCUGGGUUUCAAAAUGUGACUAAUGCAAAUAAAACACUCCAUUCGGAGAAGGCUGUUGAAGAGCCCGUUUACUUCAAUAUCGAUGGCGAAAAGUUUCAGGAAAAGGCAAUACUAUCACAAGAGGAGGGAUUGGUUUUUGUGGAUGAUAAAGGUCAUCAGCAUUCAGAUAAAUGUUGCCAUCAUGAUAGAAGAGAUAGCGUCGGCACAGAACAUGAUGAUGAGCUCGAUUCAGCAUACGCAGAGAUUGAGCCAGUUCAAAUAAAUAUCAGAACUCCCUUAAAAGACUUUCAUCGUUCAGUUUCGAAAGAAAAUUAUAGAUCGUUGAGCGAUGGACUAUCACAUCGGAAGCUUGAGGACGAGAUAUUAGAGUUUAAUUUAAGCACAGAAGGGAUCGAGGAAAUGAUCAAAGACGGUAAAAGGGUACUUAGUAUCAUAGAUAAAAGAAAAUCACACUCACAUAGAAAGAUUAUCAAAGAUAGACAGGACGUGGAAAAUUUUGAGCAAGGGGAGAAGUAUUUGACAUUAACAGUUUCCAAAGACGACUUCAAGAAGAUGGAAGUGGUUGGACAAUUUAAUUUGGGUUUUAUCAUAGUAACCAGGAAGAUCGAAGACAAAUAUGAUCUGUUUAUUGUUGAUCAGCAUGCAAGUGAUGAGAAAUACAACUUCGAAACGCUUCAAGCGGUCACAGUUUUUAAAUCACAAAAUUUGAUUAUGCCACAGCCAGUGGAGUUAGGUGUUAUUGACGAACUUGUAGUACUAGACAAUCUACCAGUUUUUGAAAAGAAUGGAUUCAAACUGAAAAUUGAUGAGGGCGAAGAAUUUGGCUCGAGAAUCAAACUAUUAAGUUUACCCACGUCCAAACAGACGCUUUUUGAUUUAGAUGAUUUCAAUGAACUGAUACACCUGGUCAAAGAAGAUGGUGGGCUGAGAAGAGAUAACAUCAGAUGUUCCAAGAUCCGGUCUAUGUUUGCUAUGAGAGCAUGUAGAAGUAGUAUAAUGAUAGGUAAGCCACUUAAUAAGAAGACAAUGACCAGAGUCGUUCACAAUCUCAGUGGGUUGGAUAAACCUUGGAACUGUCCUCACGGACGCCCCACAAUGAGACACUUGAUGGAAUUGCGUGAUUGGGACUCAUUUUCCAAAGAUUAUAAAAUAUAA